AUGUAUAAUUAUAUUUGCAGCAAUCCUGAAGAAGAAUUCUUAAAACUCACUCAACAGAACGGAAAAAUCGAUGCCGACACUGUUACACAACUCUAUGAUCAGUUAAGACCAAUUGAACCUAGUUUCUUAUGUAAAGAUGGUGGUGAAUGGGAUGGUGGAUGUCUUGAUACCGGUCAUUCAGGUAUUGAAAUGUUAAAGAAAAUGAAUUGGGCAGGCGAAACAUUCAAGUCAGAAAACGAUGUAGACGCAGUAAUGAUAUAUGAUCAAGUUGGCAAACGUGUUUGGCUCAAAGAAUAUGGUAAUGCACAGUUACGUGAAAUUAAGUUUCGUGGUAAAAUAUCAACUGCAAUGAUAUAUGAUAAUUACCCUAUUAUCGAUCAUUUUCGUUAUGUCAAUGAUAAUAUGGUAAGUGCAAUGUCAUUGAAUAAAAAUAAAGAAGGAACAUUUUUUCAACAACUAUGUGCAUGCGAUUGUAAUAUUAAUCCAUGUACUAAUCGACCAUAUACUAAACGGCAGAAGAUAUUAAUUGCAGCAGUUGUUAUACUUAUUAUCAUAGUAAUUCUCGCCGCUGUUCUCAUUCCUGUUUUUAUUCUAACUCGUAAGAAAACGACCGAUUCACCCGUUUCCACCACAGUUUUUACUACGACCAAUUCACCCAUUUCAACCACAGUUUUUACUACGGAUAAAUUACCUUCGAAUGGUACUUCCAUCGAUUAUCGUAUCAUGCCAUAUGUGGGUAAUGGUCAUAUUGCUACAGUUGUCUUUAGUGAUUUUAUCUAUAUGAAUGGACUCUAUAACGGAGAAAAUGGUACAAGUCAUCGAGCUCGUAUUCCAAGUACACACAAUUGGCAAUUCAAUACAAAACGAGUAUCAGCAUCCUAUUCACUUGAUGUUGAAACAUGUACAUUUACUGAACGAUUUGAGGAUGAUAUAGUUCGAAUUGAACGUCGUAUUUUUGCCUCACAGGAGUACACGGAAUUACUUCUCACUCAUGUAACAAUCACACGAGCAACAUCCAAAAAACAAACAAUUGUUGUACCUGUCGAAGUAACUGAAACAUUGACUAGUGCUGAUUUCAACUUUGAUGUUGUGUUUCGCGAUGAUAAGCAUGUACUUUUAUCCGGAAAGACACGUGAAGUAGAAAAUAGUCAAUAUCAACAAGAUGUAUUACCCUUAUUUAUAUACUACACACCGUUACCCUUCAAUGGUCUUCAACUUGAUGCAGAAGAAUCUGCUCGAACCUAUCUCUUCGUUACUUCGCUCGAUACAGAUCAAGCUAGAGCCAAACGAAGUUUUGAUUAUGCAUCAACUGAACGACAACCUGAUCAAUUAUGGUCAGCUCAUGCGGAUCUUUGGAAGAAAGUUUGGUCUGAUGGACGUAUUGAAGUUCGCGACGAUGUUGAACUACAACGACAAAUUAAUUCUGCUUAUUAUUAUCUUCUUAGUUCACUACCACCACUAUCAACAAAAAGUGAACCCAAACAAUUCUAUGGUCUUAGUCCAGGUACUCUAUCUCGUGGUGGUCUUUUAGGUGAAGAUUAUGGUGGUCAUUCGUUUUGGGAUACAGAAACUUGGAUGUAUCCAUCUGUUCUUCUCUUUUAUCCCACACUGGCCAAAGAGAUACUUUCAUAUCGCAUUGGUUUGCGUGAAGCAGCCGCUGACAAUGCUCCUCUCUUUGGAUAUGAAGGAUGGAGAUUUCCUUGGGAAAGUGCUCGUACAGGUGUUGAUGUAACUCCAGAUUGUUGUCCAGAAGUUCGUCUUUAUCAAAUGCACAUCACCGGUGAUAUUGCUUUUGCUGCAAGACAAUACGUUGCUGCAACAGGCGAUCAAAAUUGGUUAAAAUCAGAAAGGGGCGGUGAUCUCAUCUAUGAAACAGCACGAUUUUGGGCAUCAAGAGUAACAUACAACCCUAAUAGAGAUCAAUACGACAUCUUAACGGUAUUACCACCUGAUGAAGAUGCACAACCAUUUAAAGAUAAUUCAGUAUUUACUAAUGCCGUUGCUUCUUUCUCUAUUCAACUUGCAGAUUUAGUCAGCUGUAUAACUGAUAAACCAGUACCACAAAAAUGGCUUAAUAUAAGCAAUAAUCUCCACUUUCCUUUCGAUAACAGUGCUCAAAUUCAUUUAGAAUAUGAAGGUUUCAAUCCCAAGAAUAGUACGAUAAAACAAGCAGAUGUUAUCCUUCUUGGCUUUCCUUUAAUGUGGCCAAUGACUAAAGAAGUACGAAAAAAUGAUUUAUUAACCUACGAAGCAAUUACUCGUGAUGAUGGGCCAGCAAUGACUUGGUCGAUGCAUGCAAUUGGCUUUCUUGAGCUAGAAGAUUUUGAAUCUGCAGAAAAACUUUUUCGACAAUCUUACGAAACUUACGUUCGACAACCAUUCAAUGUAUGGACUGAAGCUCGAGCGGGUGUUGUUGGUGCUGUCAAUUUCAUUACAGGUGCUGGUGGUUUCUUACAAGCAGUUCUCUAUGGAUAUGGUGGUAUUCGUCUAACUAUGAAAGAACUCGAAAUAAUGCCACCAGCUCGUUUACCUAAUCAAUCGACAGGUCUUGUCUUUCAUGGUCUUAAGUAUUAUGGUGCUACACUUGAUUUAACAAUAGAGAAUUCAAUGUAUCAUCUAAAUGUACGUGAAUUAAAUGUCGAUAGUUCUAGACCAUUGAUAUAUCAGAAUGAACAAAAACGUGAUACUCUUAAAGUUGGCGAUUAUCUUUCCUUUCCAAUAAACACACGUCUAAUCAUUCAACCAGAAACACCGUUAUGUCCUUAA